AUGAAACUAGCUGGUCUAAAAUCAAUAGAGAAUGCACACGACGAGUCAGUAUGGGCAGCCGCAUGGAUUCCGGCCACCGAAACCCGCCCCGCUCUUCUAAUGACCGGCUCACUCGACGAGACAGUGAAGCUUUGGAAACCUGACGAACUCACCCUGGAGCGCACCAACACUGGUCACUGCCUCGGCGUCGUUUCGGUAGCAGCGCAUCCUUCCGGCGCCAUCGCCGCGUCCGCAUCUCUCGAUAGCUUCGUUCGAGUGUUCGAUGUGGAUUCCAACACUAGCAUUGCUAAUCUUGAAGCCCCUCCUUCUGAAGUUUGGCAAAUGCAGUUCGAUCCCAAGGGUACCACUCUAGCAGUUGCUGGUGGUGGUAGUGCAUCAGUCCAGCUUUGGAAUACAGACACAUGGAAGUUGAUUGCUACCCUGUCAAUUCCACGUCCAGAAGGACCCAAACCCUCUGAUAAGAAUAGCAGCAAAAAAUUUGUAUUAUCAGUGGCAUGGAGUCCUGAUGGGAGACGGGUUGCUUGCGGCUCAAUGGAUGGCACUAUUUCUGUUUUUGAUGUAGCUCGGGCCAAGUUUUUACACCAUCUAGAAGGUCACUUCAUGCCUGUGCGGUCUCUUGUGUAUUCCCCUGCUGAUCCACGGGUGCUCUUUUCUGCAUCGGAUGAUGCCCAUGUGCACAUGUAUGAUGCUGAGGGGAAAACUAUGGUAGCAGCCUUGUCAGGUCAUGCAAGCUGGGUAUUAAGUGUUGAUGCAAGCCCUGAUGGAGCAGCUGUUGCAACAGGCUCAAGUGACAGAACUGUAAGGCUAUGGGAUCUUAGCAUGCGGGCAGCUGUGCAGACGAUGAGCAACCAUGGAGAUCAAGUUUGGGGAGUGACAUUUCGACCACCAGGUGGUCCUGGCCCCCGUGUUGGGCGGCUUGCUAGUGUUUCAGAUGACAAGAGCAUAUCACUUUAUGAUUAUUCCUGA